UUGCGAACAUAUCCCUUUGUUACUCCAUUUUUUUUUUCUUUUGUGGAUUCGAACUGUACUAGUAAUCAAUAUCCAUAAAAAAAUCAACAUCAAUUUGAUCGGAUCUAGGGUUCUAGUUUUGUAAAGGAGUGUGUAUGUGAUUUUGUGGUAAAUGAACAAGCAGUUGUAGAGAGAGAGAGGAUGAAGGAGUUGUUUGGGGGUCCAGGGAAAGUGAGUGGGUUGGUAUUGAGAAUGGGUCAGUGUUUAUUUGCUGCUGCUUCUAUGGUUGUAAUGGCUUCUUCUCAUGGUUUCGCCACUUGUACUGCUUUCUGUUAUUUAAUUGCAGCAAUGGGGCUGCAAGUAAUAUGGAGCUUCUCACUUGCCUGCUUGGAUAUUCAUGCCUUAAGAUUGAAAAGAGAUCUAAGGAAUUACGUCUUUUUGAGCUUGCUUGUAAUCGGUGAUUGGGUGACAGCCAUUUUAUCACUUGCUGCUGCAUGCUCAUCAGCCGGCGUGGUAGUUUUGAUCAUUAAAGAUACAAAUAUGUGCAAAUCCACCCCUAAGCUGUCCUGCCAUAUGUUUCAAAUUUCAGUAGCUUUGGCUUUCAUCUCAUGGUUCUUCCUUGCCAUUUCUUCCUGCGUCAUGUUUUGGCUCGCGGCCUCUUGAUUAAGGUCCCUUCACCGCAUGCUACCACGUAUUCAUAUGGUGAUGUGAAUAUUAUUGACUUUGAGAACUUAUGUACAGGAAGUAGUAACUAUGUUUUUCCUUUAGUGGCUUGUUUUGAGGUUCAUCAUAUCUGCCAAUGAACGUCUUCUCAUUAAAACCAUUUUUUUUGGUUGUGUAAUACCAAGUGUAUGCCAUGGAUUCGUGAAGUAAGAUGUCAUUCAAGAUUAUCUUUCAUUGCUUUUGA